AUGCCUCCAAAACGAAAGGAUCUACGACUACAAUUCACUACUAUAGAAGACGUGGAACCGUAUAGGAACCUCUGCUAUCGGUAUUACUGCGGGCGUACAAGGUGCCCUGCUACGGGAUAUGCAGCAUCACGCCAUACUGGACAGGCACGGCAUUGA